CUUUUCUAUUUCCGCGGUGAUUGCUUCGAGCCUGAAAUUUAACCAACCGAAAGAUUCGCUUCUUUCGACUCAACAGAAACAUCAUUUUACCAUCCAAACCGGGAACGUCGGAUAAAUACAAAAAUGGCGACUGGACCUGCAGUAAGUUCAGCUCUGGAGACGAUCGGCAGACAUCAUCUUGAGUGCAGCAUCUGCCAAGAGAGAUACCAACAGCCUAAGAUACUGGAAUGCCUCCAUAACUUUUGUGAGCAAUGUCUGCUGAAAUACUGCAGCACGAAGCACGAGGGCUCUACAGCGAUUCCUUGCCCCGUGUGUCGGCAAGAGACGAAACUUCCCGAGGUGGGGGUGCAGGGUCUGAAAACAAACUUUCAUUUGAUUGGUCUGGUUGAGGAGCUUGAACUUCAGGAAAAGAUAGUGGGAUCGGGUGAUGCCUGUCUUUUGUGUGAUGUAUGUGAGGGGGGCAACGAGGCAACGCAGCGAUGUCUGGAUUGUGGCCAGUAUAUGUGCUCAGUCUGCAGCAGAAUGCAUCUUCGAUUCGCAGCAACAUCAAACCACAAGGUAGCUCCAUUGAAGGACAUUCGUGAGGGAAAGGUUACAGUGACAAAGAAACACCAGAAACAACAUCCGAAAUGUCUUAUUCAUGAGGGCGAAGUGGCACGGUUCUUUUGUACCACUUGUGACAUGCUGAUCUGCCGAGAUUGUACUGUCGUAAACCAUUGUAAACCAGAACACUCCUACAUUGAGAGGGACGAGGCAACAUCGACAUACAAGCAAUCUUUGGUUCAACUGUUUCCUCCUCUUGAAAAUACUAUAACAGAACUCCAGAAAUCUCGAGAGAAAGUCUCAAGAACGAAAGAAGAUUUGGCAAAAACUGAACGAAUGUGA